CUGCAGUUCGCUGGCCCGUCGCCAUGUUCCUGCCGCGCGCAAUAGCGCGUCCCCCUGGUUCUUCCGCCAAACCCCGCACGACACCCGCGCAGCGGCCGCAGCGGCGCUCGGGCCCUCCACCUCCAGAUCCUGCUGCUUGCAGCGCAGGGCCUGGGCGCAUCGGCGGAGAUUCCGCGCAGGGCAUAGCUGGCUCGGUCGGCGGAGUUUGGGGAGACGCGGAGAGAGGGGGAGACGGGAGCAGCGGAGGGGGCCAUGCUGGAUCAAGAGAGGGAGUGAACGAGGGCCGCGCAAGAGAGGGAAAAGGAGAGAGCGGGACAAGAGAGGGGCCCUCGAGGGAGGAAGAUAAGGAGUUGAGAUUCGAGACAGGGAUAGAGACAGCGGAAACGAAAAAGGACGAGAAAGGGGAGAGGGAGGAGCAGGAGGCGGAGGAAAAAGAAGACGACGAGGAAGAGGAGGAGGAGGAGGAGGAGGUGAAGGAGCGGAGCGUGCAGCAGAGAGCAGCGGAGCCAGGCGAGCCCGUGUGCGCGGUGUGCGGGCGGUAUGGGGAGUACAUCUGCGAUGCAACGAACCUGGACGUGUGCAGCCGCGAAUGCAAGGCUGCGUGCGUCAGGGGGGAUGUGCCACAGAGGAGGGAAGAGGAGGGCGUGAGAGAGGAGGAACCUGUGAAGGGGAGUGAGAGAGAGGUGGAAGAGGAGGAAGAAGCUGAGGUAGAGGAAGAGGAGGAAGAGGAAGAGGAGGAGGAGAAUUUCACCCUAGACAUGGGUGCAUGGAGCAGCAUAUCUGACGCAGCAGCAGGGGAGAUCCGCACUAGGGAGGGCAUAACCGUGCAUGGAGACCCCCCCAUCCCCGCACCCAUACUCGACUUCGACGCACUCUCAACCCUCCUGCCAACCUCUCAGUCCCCCUCCAAAAAGCUUCUCAGUGCAGAGCUAAUCUUGCAGGGGGUAAUAAGCAACCUGCACCACCACCACUGCAUGGGUGUGCAUGCACCCACCCCGGUUCAAAUGCAAGCCAUUCCCACCAUCCUUUCCCGCAGAGACACUCUCCUCUCCUCCCCUACUGGCUCGGGCAAGUCCCUUGCCUUCCUGCUGCCGCUGGUCUCGCUCGCCCUCCUCCCUCUAGGAGGGCGUGGGAGAAGGGUGGGAGGGUUGGUGGGUGUGGUGCUGGCGCCGUCUCGGGAGCUAGCAGCCCAGCACCACGAGACUAUUAAAGGCCUGCUGAGCUGUGCAUGUGGGGGGCCUGCUGGUACAGGAGGAGGAGGAGGGCGGAAUGGGCGUGCAUUAGAAGGAAGCAGGGGUGUGAUGUGGUCAGAUUUGGUUCGGUCUGAUGCGGUGCGGUCUAAUGCGGUGCAGUCUGAUGUGGUGCGGUCAGUGCUGCUGGUUGGGGGAGAGUCCACAGAGGUGCAGAUGGGACGCCGACUCAUAGAGCUGUUCAAGCUCAUGAAGAAGGGGCUCAGAGAAGGACACGCUGCUGCUGCUGCAGAAGCCAAUGCUGGUGGUGGUGAAUCUGGUGGCUCUGCUGGUUGUGGUGCUGGUGGGGCUGCUGCUGCUGCUGCUGCUGGUGCUGAUGGUGUGGAGGAGGGAGUGAAGAGCAGACGAGGCGACGCAGUGGCGGCAGGGAGGGUGGUGGUGGGAUGGCGGUCGCUGUGGCGGGCGCUGAAGCUGGUGGUGGUGGAUGAAGUGGAUGCCAUGGUGCAGCGUGGCUUUGCCCAUCAGCUGCAGCAUAUUCUCUCACAGCUAGCGUCCGCCACACAGCAGGACAUGCAAGUAGAGGAGAAGCAGCAGCAUCACAAUGCCGCCAGCACCAGUAAAAGCAGCAGCACCAGGACCCGCAGCAGCAGCAGCAGCAGCAGCAGUGGUGGUAGUGGUGGCCAUCGUGCCUGGCAGCUGGUGCUUGCAUCUGCGUCCGUGUCCAAGGAAGUGCAGGAAAUGACUGCAUCUCUCAUGCGCUCUCCUAUCACCAUCACUUGCUCACACAUGACCGUGGACAACAAUGGGCUUGCAGUCAGCUCCACCCAUGUCAAACAGGUUGUCAUUUGGGUGGAGGAGAAGCACAAGAAGCAGAAGCUCUGCGACAUUCUGUGCCAUCCGCGCCACUUCCGCCCGCCCGUCCUUGUGUUUGUCUCCUCGCGAGACGGAGCCGACCUCCUCUCCUCCACCAUCCACCAACUCACCGGCCUCCAAGCAGCUUCCGUGCACAGCGGCAAGCCUGCUCCGGAUCGUCGUAACGUCAUUGCGCAAUUAAUCAUGGAGGAAAUACCUGUUGUGGUUUCUACUGUUGGAGUGCUUGGCCGAGGGGUUCACAUACCCAAGGUGUCUCAAGUGGUGGUGUUUGAUAUGCCUGGGAGCAUGGAGGAUUACGCCCAUUUGAUUGGUCGAGCCGGGCAUGUGGGAGCACCAGGAACAGCCAUGGCUUUUGUUAAUGCGUUGUCACGUCCGCUUUUGCCCGCUCUUGUGGGCUUUCUCAAAUCAACUGGGAACCCGAUUCCUCGUGAGCUCUCUGUUUUAGCUCCAAGGUGACUUCAUGUGCGCAGUGUAGGUGUAUAAGCGUCUUGAUAUCA